GAAGAUGGGAGACAGCGCGAAGCGCAAACCCAGGCGUGCGGUCGAGCCCACGCCUGCUGCUUCCCCAGCGGGCUGGCCACCCUUGGAGGAUGGAGACGCUCGGAGCUCGAUGUGCUCCAGUUCCAGCUGCGGCAGCUACCAGAACGGCCAUGCCGCAGCUCAGUCGGCGGCCUGGGGCGCUUGCGGUCCGUGGACGUGGCCCCGCCGCCUGCAGCAGUUGCUGGUGCCAGCGCGCUCCGGAGCCUGUAUCCAGUGGCUGCUCGAACAGCCCCUGUACAGGUGAUCGGUUUCUUAUUCCUU